CUUUGAACUAGAUCCAUUCUUUUCCGUCAACAUGCUCAUCCGUUGGGCAAUUCUACAGAAUUGUCGCUAAAGGCGACAUUCGAGCAACUUCAGAAUUCAGACUUGGAAAGGCAGCUGGCAUUUGUUCAGAUCCUUAUUAUCCCAUGCGAGCCUCGUUUCAGUCCAAAGUGGCUCAUGUGAAAAGUCAAUCUUUGCUGCUUGGUGAUGGGUAGAAUCCAGGGUCCGCAGAGACAAGAUGAUGGGACCCAGGAUGGGUUUGGGUCAGGUGGUUUGUCAGAGCUGAUCGAUGUCACAAGGUUGAAGGUUUUAGGAGUGUAUGGAAACAUAGAGGACCACUAGAUGAACUUAAAAGUUCCUCCGGAAAAACAAACAGAAGCGAUACGCAAAAAGAUUUGGCCCAGAUUGCUGGGAGAUAGUUGUGUUGUUAUCAAUUGACACCUGGCAGACAGAGAAAAAACGUAACACCACAAUGUCAGAGAGCUACACUCUUUGGCUCUUGUUUCAUGGUGUUGAAACUGAUUUGCUGUGUGAGGCCAGAUUCUGCACCUGGAAUUUCUGUUCAGGGAGCAGGGUUGGACAUUGCCAACGGCAUUUAUGUGCGCACGGCCUUCAAGGUCGGCCAAUCACACGCCUUCCAAAAGCGUGGAACUAGCCUUGCAUUGCUCAAGAGAGGUGAGGGACUCGACUGGAGCUUAGUGGAUCUUGAUGGCCAAGUGCAACUAUCAACGGAAGAGGACAAAACAGUGAAAACCAUCAACUCCAUUGGGAGCACUUUCUCUCCUGGCAAAUUAAGAUGGAAUCCAUAUUCGGCAACAUUGUACAAGGUUGCUUCCACACUGAACAGUGGAACGAGCUUGCUUCCUCCACAGCUGGGCUGGGUUGUGGUGGAUGGCCGUCCACCUGCUCCUUCCAUGACUCUUUGCGAGGAGGAGAGCACUAGACCUGAAAGAAUCUUGGCUGCGGCAAUGCCAGGGAAGCUUUUGAAGCGUAUCGCUGAGAACUCCCCGACCGCUGCGAAAAUGCAAGCUUCUAUCCAUCCGCCGUGGAGGACCGCCAUGCAGCAAAGCCUCCCCCGUGUGAUCCGCUGGGGAACAUUGGAGAUAUCUAGAGCUCGGAAGCAGAAUUGCCAAAGAUCAUUGACAACGAGCACAUCGCUCCCAGACUUUCAGCUUGGCAUGGAGCUUUCAGCGGUCAAAGGUGCCGGAGAAACAGUCUUGCUGACAUUCAGCGUCAUAUUGUCGCGGCCCAGCUUCCACACAGAAUGGGGGGCUGUCUUUGACAAGCAGCAGAUCUUGUCUACAGGCCGGCGGAUUGUAUCGAACAUUGAGCCGCAUACUCCCUUUGACCGUUGGAACAUUUGGCAACGCGUCAGGGGUCGACCAGAGAUGUGUCUCCGCCGCGGAGAUCAGCUCUUGAAGCAAAACGGUGGCUGGGCCUAUGCAGAAGUGCCUAUUGAAAGUCCAGAAGGUUUUGAGGAGUUGCCUGGAAUAGAGCAUGCCGAAGGUGGUGGUGAAACCAUGCUCGUCAUGGAGUUUGGCCGCUUUGUGCAGCGACCUUGCCCACCGCAACCACCCAGGAUGGAACCUUGGGAGGUUGGCUAUGGCCUUCGGGUUGAAAUUGAUGCCUUUUUGGCAGGGCCUUACGAGCAGGAUGUCAUUGCUUGGGCGUUGAUCCUGAAAGAGGAGCUUCCUGAGACCGCUUCAGGCUCUGAAGCUCUUGGCAAAGCCGACACUUGCUGGCGAGCGUACAAUAGCGAGUCCGGGAAGGUUUGCGCAGUCAUUCACGAUGUUGAGGUAGGGGCUGUGAUGGCAACUGGGAGAGAGCCAAUGUCCUUGCUCCUUGCAGAAGGUGUGAAGACUGGCCGUACUUAUUCCGCAUGCCUUGCAAUGCUGACAGAUGCUGGAUGGUCUGCCUUUUCCUAUCCCUCGAGGUCUGUGCAUGUGAAAGAGCGGCCUGGUCUUAUGGACGGCAUUUUGUCACUGGUCCUGCCACCCGAGGAUGAACAGAUGCUGAUGAUGUCGGCGAUAUCGAAUUUGAAGAAGCGGACGCCAAAACGACCAGCAGUAUUCUUCCUCCUACCGUCGCAGUUGCAGCCAGGCUUUUCUACACCCAUUGCCACCCAGAGUACAAUGAACGAUCCUUGCGAGCUACUGAGCAAGAGAAGGCUGCUGAAGAUGCCUUUGGUGUUGCCCAAUGGUCGUCCAAAAGGUUUACAUGUUGCAGAGGAAGGUGGCAAUACACUUCUAGUUGUUGAGGAAGGUUCCUGGCAGGGCAAGGAACAUUCGCCAAUGCUGAACUUGUCCAGCAUGUCUGUUCCGUGGAGACUUCACAGCGGUGACUUCAUUGUAAGCGUCAACGGUCUGGGAGGCGCAGAGAGGAUGUUGCAGGAGUUGAACCGAAAUCCUCCGGUGCUUGCGAUGGAAGUGCUCCGAUGUUGUGGAGGCAAGAAGGACUCUGAGGAAGCCCAUGUGUUUGGCCUUGACCUGGAGUUGGACGAUCAUUGCCAACGAUUGGUUUCAGAGAUUCGCACACAUGGUCUACUCAGCAGUGACGCUGAACUUGCAUCGCUUCUAGUUGGUAGCAGAGAUGAUCUCAUUCAAAACGCACUUGAGAAGGCCCAGAAGUUCAAACGUGACAUGGUCCCCAAGAGACCGAGCGAUGGUGCUCCAGUGCCUGAGGCCGAAGAUAUGGACAACAGCGUCAACGUGGAAGCUCAGAGGCGAUUGCUGGUGCUUCGCCGCUUCCACAUGAUGGAGACCUGCGCUAAGGAAGGAGAGAAGGGGCAGCUUUCAGAGGCUUGCAGACUCUUGCAAUGGGCCAUGGCCGACGCAAGUUUCAGCGCAGCCAAAUUGGGGCAGAAGAUCGAAGAGUUCAAACAGUUUGGUGGUUCUGCAGUGAGGGCAUCUGCUCCAGCCCAGACACUCCUAAAGCGAGCUAUAUUUCAGCGUGAGCUUUGGCACUGGCGUGAAAGGCUGAGAUCAGAACGCCGAGACUUAAAGGAAGCUGUUGAGCAAAUGGUGCGCAUGGAGAUCAUGGACCAAGAACACACCAAACGCUUUCCAGGCCGUCCCAUGAAUCACGAGGAUGUGGAGAAAAUCGUGCAGGCCCGAAACGUGCUGGACCGUCAGGUAAGGCAAGGGCGUGCUUUCCAUAGGCAGCUUUACUUCAGCAUGGCGGAGGCUGAAGCUGUGCUGAACCGAAAUCUUCAUAGUGCCUCGGGUCAACGCAAGCUCAGUCCAGAGGAGGAGUAUGCCCGCUUCAAUCCUGAGCGGACCCUAACUGUAGGGAAGCAAAAAGGAUGGUGGUAGUCAGGUAGUUCGUUUGUCGGCAGAUCAGCUUCGCACCGGU